GCCAGCCUGCUCCCCCACCGCACCCCUCUCAGGUUCCGGUCAAACCGGAAGCACUUGGCCCCUGCCCCAAGCGGUUGUCAUGGAGACGUGGCUGUUUACCAGCUGCACCAAGCCUGGGGCGCCCGCAGCGGCGGAUGGAGCAGAGCUGCGAGGGGUCCUGAGAAGCAAUGGCCACAGAAGCCCCUGUGAACUUAGCACCACCUGAACGCAGCACUGUUGCUGGCCCAGCAGCUGACAGCUUCCUUUGGCAGCCAGACUCGCUAAAAAUGCAUGUCAUCAGGCCCAAGUCCGCCAAGGGCCGGACAAGGCCACGUCUCCACAAACCGCAGGGCACCGAGGAGUGCACUCGCCGAACCCUUCCCUCUCCACCUCCAGCCAAUCCCAGUGAGCCACCAAGCAGCCAGAAGCGAGGAGCUUGUGUACCCACGUCGCCAGCUCAGGGAGCCCCUGGCGAGGUCCCUGAACUGCUGCACCAAGUGCCCAUGGGGGCUUCCUCUUCUCUCAAUAAGUACCCAGUCCUUCCUUCCAUCAGCAGAAGGAGACUAGGGGAGGGAGCUGUGGAUGCAGUAGCUAAAAAGUCCAGCUCGCCACAGCCGAGCAGCAUCGAGGCACACUACCAAGAGGGGCCCCGCUCCCUGAAAACAAGCAAAGAAGAUUCCAGAGCUCAAACUCAAGUCUGUGCUCUGGAGAGGAAAUUCAUCCUCCGCACCAAGAGGCAGAGCACCUCCAGGGCUGGAAACCUGGAGGAACCAUCAGACCAAGAACCAAGGCUACUGCUUGCUGUCAGGUCACCAUCAGGCCAAAGGUUUGUCCGCCAUUUCCGGCCAACUGACGACCUGCAGACAGUUGUUGCUGUGGCUGAGCAGAAGAACAAAGCCACCUAUGGACACUGCAGCGUUGAAACAAUGGAGGUGCCCAGGAGACGGUUCUCUGAUCUCACCAAGUCUCUGCAGGAGUGCGGGAUCCCUCACAUGUCAGUGUUGGGCAUCUCACAGGACAAGGAAGAGGGGUGGCCCUGAGUCCACAGCACCCAGUAGGAGUCCUGGGUCUCUGAGCAAGGAGCAUGCUUGGGUGCUGAGGCCUCCCAGGCAGCUUGAUUCCAGGUGCCAUGUGAGCCCAGGACAGCUGUGACCCUUGGCCUUGACUCCACAGAGUACCCUCCGAGGCCAUGACACCUGCGCAUGUCCUGAGCGCACUGGGAAGACUCCCAGCCAUUACAUUCAGUUCACCCCCAGGGCCACAGUGGGGACCAAGGCUCUUCCUGAAACAGCUGUGGCCAGGCCUUCUUCCUCCCACAGUGUUGGGACCCUCCUAGACAAGAGGUCCUUUCUGGAGCAUCUGCUGUCCUUCGGAUGAACUCUGAUUCUUGAAGCCAAUGGUUUGCAUUUCUGUAUUUGACCAGGAUUAAACACUUCCAAGAGAGGAUUCUAGUCUGGUAAAUAAUCAGGGUUUAGGGAGUACCUAACUGGCAUUUGUAUUUUUCACAAGUAGCUUUAAGAAACAGACUGUUAACCUUAUCUUCAGAAGCAGCCUCUCUGCUGGGCUGGGGAGGAUGAUCACAGUCUCUUGGGGAUUCCUGUCUGAAUGAGGUGAUGUCAGUGGGAAGAAUGAUUCUUCCACUAAUGCAAAACCCCCAACGUUUUUCUGAAACAGUCCUGGAACUGAAAGGUAGGUUGCUCAUAUGGCUGUGGAUAAGUUUUCGUAGACACAGAUCAGGUUCGUAGCUUUGGGCAGCUCUUCUCUGUGAGCAGAAUUGUUCAAAAUUGAGACACGCCGGUGUGAUCUGAUUUCCUUUACUUUUGACUGUAAAGAAAUCCUUUGUUUUCAAAAUAUGCAAACCAACAAGUCUGUACUCAGGACCCUGUGGCCUAUCUGGGUGCAGGUAAAUUAUUUUACUCUCCUAUUUUGGUGACUGGCCCACUUCAGACAUAGAUUCUUUCCAUAGUGACAGUGCAGCACCCUGUGGUCUAAUUUUAAAGACUCUGCACUCUCCAGGCUCUUUUGCUGUCCUGUGUGAGACCAUGGCCAUGCAGCUACUCACUGGCGUGGAAUGCAUCUGGCCACCUUGUCCUUAGCUCCCCUAAAGACUGUGGAGUCUUAUUUUCCCAACUCUGAAGUAGAAAUGUAGAAAAUUUGCCAAAGUUCUCCAGUAACUCAUCUGGAUUCCUCUGUGGCCAAACCACCCUUCAGAGUAGGCGACCCUCAGACCUUUUGGGCACCUCAUCCUCCCUGCCCCAGUACACAGCCAUUGCAAAGCCCUGGGCACUGGUCCAUGCCCCUACCUCCUAGGUAGGCAGAGAAGGGAGCAAUCAGGAGUUCUAGGAGCAUGUAAAUGUUGCCACCAUAGCAACAUUCUUAUGUAUGCAUCUUGUGCUUAUGUAAGACCAAUGCUUAGAAAUGGUCUCAAACACUGAUGAUGCCUUGGUGAUGACAUUUACCACUGCAUGCUUUGCUCUGGAAAAGGGUCACCUGUCUCCACUACACCCCACAUCAGCCAGAUCACUCUAGAAUAGAUGAUUUCUGAAUGUUGGCAGAAUAUCUUUAAUACAUCCUGGCUUGGUGAGACACCGCUUUGAUUGGAAAGAUAAGCCGGAGGUGCAAGGCUGGCACUGCCUCAGGUAGACCCAGGCAGCUGGCAUCCUCUUCCAACCCCUAACCAUGCAGAAGGGACCAGUGGCUUGAGCUUGAAAUCUACAAUAAAGGAACUUCACCUCCCACUGGGACAGCAGCGCGUAUCUCUGCAUCUGCCCUGGGAGGCUGGAGGAAGGACCACCCAUAAAAUCACACCCACCUAUGACUUGGUGAUUUCUCCAGCUGGGAAAGCUCUAGAAAACUCGGGUGAAAUGGAUGCUGUUUGAAGGAGUCAGAGUUUUCUACUCUCAGGGCUUUCCUGCUGCUAUGGAGCUUAGAAUUGCGGGGUGGUAAAAACAUGGGAGGCCUGAAGCAGAAACACUUUAGGAUAUUCUAGGAUAUGCAAAUAAGGCUAGAUUUGAACCAUCGUAAUAAACAGUGUUUGGACAAAAGAUGAUGAUUCUAACAAUAAAAAACUGAUUUGUGUGAA